AUGGGUGAGCGAGUCUACUAUGGAGCCCAGGUGUGCUCUGGCACCAAUCCCAGGAAGUGUCAGGACUUAGCAGAUUCGAUUCUUCUGAUUCUGGGCAGCUUCAUCUUGCUCAACGUGGGGAUCAAUGUGGUGAUUCUGCUCUGGAGACAUCUGAAGGGCUCCUUGCGGAUUCUUUUCCAUCAUUUUUUUCCCAAAGAUCCCAAGAAUCUGUGCUCAAGAAUCUCUUCCCACUUCCAUCGUCGCCCCAGCUUCCUACUCGGUCAGGCUAACCACCUUGACUCCUGGAUACCAGAUACAAAUGAUGAAAAGGUUUCUGGGUGCUGCUGGAUGCCACCUCAAUGUGGACAUACUGGGCUUCCCAUGGAGGCUCAAUGGGGAUUGUGGAAGGAGGGGAUGAUGGGAGCUGGGGAGGCUUCUCAAGGCACAGCCUUGAAGACCCAGGCCUCCUUGUUUCCCAGGCCAGGGAUUUCUUCCCAGUUCCCGAAGAUGAGCAAGUUGGACAUGGUUCCCCUCGGUUUACCCCAGGAGGGCAAGACUAAGGCCCCAGACUAUGGCACAGCCCAUACCACAGCCCAGGCCAGGACCCACUCCUCAGCCCACACCCCUGAGCACAUCCCCACCCAGUCCCUGACCCACAACCCAGAGUGUACCCAUGCCCAGGCCCAGGGUCUUGAGCAUACUUCAACCCAUACUCCACCAGCUCAUGCCCCAGCCUUGAUCCCAACUCCUACCCCAGCUCCCAGCCAAGCCAAUGCCACAGCACCUACCCCAUCUCAUGCUGCAGCUCCUACCCUAUCCCAUGCCCCAGCUCCUCUCCCAGCCCCUACCCUGGUCCCUACCCCAUCCCAUGUGUUAGCUCGAACCACACCCCGUACACCACCCUCUACUCCAGUCCAUACCCCAGCCCCUGCCCCACCCAGGGCCCUGACCCAGAGCCAAGUCCACAUCUUAGCCCAAGCUUCAACCCAGGUCCAGAAACACACCCCAGCCCCUCCCUCAACCCAGGUCCCAGCCCCUCCCCCAACCCAGGUUCCAGCCCCUCCUCCAACCCAGGUCCCAGUCCCUCCCCCAGCGCAGGCCCCAGCCCAGGCUCCAGUCCAGGCCCCAGCCCAGGUCCCAACCCAGGUCCCAGCCCAGGCCCCAGCCCAUGCCCAAGCCCAGGUCCAAGCCCAGGUCCCAGCCCACACCUCUGAGUACACCCACUCUAAGGCCCACAUUCCUGAACACACUUCAGCCCACAUCCCAAUCCACAUCCCAGCUCAGGCACCUGUAUAUGCCUCAGCCUCUUCCCGGGGUCACAACCCAGUCCACACCGUAGGUGAGGCUUGGACCCACUCCCAGGCCCAAGUACCUGAGUGCACAUCAGUUCAAGCCCCAGCACGCACUCCAACCCAUUCUCAUCUAAUUAAUUCCUCUUCCCAUACGGGGAUGCCUGUUCCAAACCCUGCCCCAGCACUGGUCGUGACCCUGAAUACACCUCUAGCCCAUGCUCCUGUCCCUGCCACCACCCCUACCCCUAACCUAACUCCUACUCCUUCUACCCUGCCUGCCUUUGGUCCCAGUCUCUCCACUGGCCAUGUGGUCUAUGAUGCCCGUAGGGUAAAGCAGAAUGUCUUCCAUAAGUGCAACCCUCAGAACUCUGGAUAUUCCAGAAAGAACUUUGGGACCCUCUCCAGGCCCCAAGAGAGGCAGGGUCCGGCAAGUUCUGAUACAUCUGAGCAGAUAUCAAAACAACAUGGUGAAGACAGUGCCCAGCCUCCUGCAGGAUCUAUACUGGGCUACCUGGAGUUGGGGAACAUGGAAUGGAAGAUAUCAGAUGAUGGCAAAGACAAGAAAUUCUGUCAACCCAAGACCUUCCCUUACUGCAGCUUCCAUCCUUGCAGUUCUGAGAAGAAAAACACAGAAUUCCAGCCACCAGUUUAUCCCAAAUUCCUGGUCUAUACCCAGGAUGUUGCUCCUUCUAAACAUUGCCUUCAUUCUCCAACUAGUGCUCAGAGCUCUGUGUCUACCUUUCCUCCACCAUGCACUCUUUCUCUGCCACUUGUUCCUCCCAAAACCUUUGUCCUUUCUCGACCCAUCAACCAUCAGAAGCCCUCCAACUUAAUACAAGCACCCACCUCUCUCCCAACCUCUAAAUCUCCUCAGUCUAUCCCUGCUUCCCACUUCCCCAUUCCUCCCCAGUUCUCUACCAUUUCUCAAUACUUGAUCCAAACCCAAUGCCCUGAACUUCAUGAGAAUCUAAGCCAAACCCAAGAUCCUGGCCUCCAGAGGACUCCAUGCCUUUCAAAAGACUCCAGAGUUCCCAGAAACCCAGGCAUUAUUCCAAAUCCAGGCCUCCAAAAGUUCCCAGGCCAUACUCAAAAUCCUUAUCUCUGCAAAAAUUCAAGCCCUUCUCCAGACUCUGGCCUGCACAAGAAUCCAGGCAUUGCCCAAGAUUCUGGACCCCAAAGGAGUCAAAGUAUUACUCAAGAUACUGGUGUCUUUAGGAGCCCCUGUCACACCCAACCCUCCAGUCUCCACAGGAACAUACCAUGUACCCAAAAGUCUAACCUUCAGAGUUUGGGCUUUAUGCAAGACUCUGGUGUCUCUAGGAAUGUUGAACUAAACCAAGGCAAUGUAGUCUGCAAAAAUCAAGGUCUCCCCGAAACAAAUGACCUCCAAAAGAGGCCAGGCCCUUCUCAAGAUUCUAGAGGUUAUAAGAGUACAGGCAAUGUCCAAGAUUCAGGGGUCUGCAGGAGCCUAGGCCAAGGUUCUAGACCACAGAAGAGUCCCUGCCUUGUCCAAGACCCUGAGAUCAACAAGAACUCAGGAUUUACCCAGGAAUCUGGUCCCAACAAGUGUCCAGGUCCUGUCCAAACCUCUGGCCUCCAUAAGGACCUCACCCAAAACUCAGGAGACUAUAAGAAUCUAGGCCUUAUCCAAGACUUUGGAGUCUGCAGGAUUCCAGGUCUUACCCAAGAUUCCAACUGCCAUAAGAGUCCAGGUCUUACCCAAUCCACUGAAGUUGAAAAAAGAUUUAUUCUUAUCCAAGACAUUGGAGUUUUUAGGAACCCAGAACAAAGCCAAGAUCCUAACCUCCACAAGUUCCCAGGAAUUAAUCAAGAUCCUGGCCUUCAUAAGAAUCCAACUCUUGCACAAGACUCUGGCCGCCUCAAGACUCCAGGACUUACCCAGGAAUCUGGUCUCCACAAGGAUUCAUGCCAUAUCCCAAAUCCUGGCCUCCACAAGAACCCAAGCCCUGCUCUAUGUACUGACUCUGUUCAAGUCUUAGGUCUGCUUCAGUCCCCAAAGCUAACACCAUCCCUGAAGAAAUCAUUAAUACAUGAGAUAGCUCCUCAGAAGGAGGAUGCAGAACAGCAUGUAUCAUGGACUUCUGUCCCAAUUAAUCAAAACUGCCCUUCCAAAAUCUCCACUGACCUGCCUACCUUCUCAGAAGUACCUGUACUAGUUGAGCUAAAGCCAUCCUCCCGGAGAACAGACAACCAAGACUGGGUAUUCCGCCCUGUGGAUACAGUUUCUUCAGCCUUCCAGAGCUAUCGCCAGAUGUCCUUGCCUCCCAAAAUCAACAGCAGACCCCACUGUCCUGGACCAGGCUAUCGGGCUGGGCAUGUGGUCUUCGAUGCCCGCCAAAGACAGUUAUCAGUGGGCAGGGACAAGUGUGAAGCUCUGUCUCCCAGGCGCCCCUGCCAAGAAGCACCCAGCAACUCAGGGGAGACCAUCAAAGAGUGGAGAUAUGAGAAUGUGAUGAGGAACUCAGACAUAGAGGGAACAAAGUUGCAUAAGGAAUAA